AUGGAGAUCAGUAUAGCAAUUGUGGUGUAUGAAAAUUUCUUGGAGUAUCUGAGCGAUGGAGAAGCGACCACUCUAGUGCGCAAUGAUGUGGGCUAUGCACCAUACCAGAUGUGUGAAUUCUAG